AAAUUAAAAAAAAACAUUAAUAAAUAAUAGUUUAUAAAAAACCAGUAAGAUGCCACCCAAAGCACCAAACAAUAUCAACAAAAGGAAAGCAAUUGACAGCCCACUUAAGGGCUUACCUAACCCAAAAAAUCAUAAAACACAUAUACCAAGGCUGACAGCAAAUAAUUUAGAUAAAAUGUAUAAUGAUUUAAUUAACAAUAAACCAUCUACCAGCAAAAUAUUACCAACACCAAAUGUAGCAGGUUACAUUAGACGUAAAAACACUAAUCAAGAUAACCAGAAAAUGGAUACAGAUGGAUUUAUAUUUCCAAAAAACACAGCUAAUCCAAACAAAAUAAACAACAAUAAAGACCAACAAAUUAGUCAUGCCAACUCAUUUGAAAGUCUACCUACAGAAAACAAAAUUGACAGAAAAAUACCUAUGCCAGGUUCCAACACUUCUGGAUUAAGAAGCCAUUUGAAGCUACAACACAAUGAAAUUUUUCUUAAAUAUUUUCAAAGCACCAAAGUUUCAGAAAAUAAACAACAAUUGAUAUCAGAUGCUUUUAAUAGUGGUAAAAAACAACAGACUUUGAAUCAAGAACAAUUUGUAUUAAAAUUAGUGGAAUGGGUAGCAGUUAAAUAUUUGCCAUUGAAUUUCUUUGAUGACCAGUUGACUCAAGAGCUAUUUCAUGGAAUCAAUCCUCAUCUAAAGCCUCUAGCUCGUACUGCUAUGACCUCAGCAGUUGCUGAGACUUACAAAAAAGCUAAAAUUAUUGUUACAAACAUGUUACAGGAAAAUAUAUCAAAAAUAUCAUUUACUGUUGAUGGAUGGACCUCAAUAAGAACAAAAUCAUAUUAUGGUGUGACUGCACAUUAUGUUGGUGAUGAUUGGCAAAUGUAUUUACUUGCAAUCGACUUUAUACCAUGUCAAGGGCUUCAUACUGGUAUUGAUAUUGCUAACAUGUUUGUUCUUUGUCUUGAAGAAAGAGAUUUGACAGAUAAAAUUGGAGGUAUUACUGCAGAUAAUGCCUCAGUAAAUGAUGUAUUUAUAAAAAUUGUGGGAAUUAAAUUACGUGAAAAGAAAAUUACUUUUGAUGCUGAAACACAACAUUUUCGUUGCUUCCCACAUAUUUUAAAUUUAGCUGCUCAAGAUGUUAUCAAGAGCUUAAAACUAGACCAAGAGUCAAAUGAAAAUUUUUAUAAUUUAUAUGAAGAAGAUGAAGAACUUGCAGAUGAUGAUAUGGAUGAUGAUAAUAUAAUUAAUGAUAAUGAUAUGCAUCUACCACCGGUCGCUUUUCAAGCUGGACGAGAUAAAAUAUUGAAGCACUACCACAAGAGUAAUUGGAUAUAUUGUGCUGUUUUGAUACUUGACCCUCGACACAAACUUGAAACUUUUGAUAGAACAUCUUGGGGUAAAAAUUUGAGAGAUGAAUCUUACAAAACGUUUGAAAAAAUAUAUAAAACAAAUUAUGUUGAUAGUGCUGACCAAGAAGAAGAAAUUGUUAAAGAAACAACUGGUAGUGACUCAGAUGAUGAGUACACCAAGAGUAUGAAUGAGUUGUACAAUACAGGUAAUCACACAUUUACUGGUGAAGAACUUCAGGAUGUAUUCAAAAAUCAAUGCAAAAAUUAUGCUGUUGAAAAUGACAGUGAUUGGGGGAUGCCAGUACCACUACAAUAUCAAAGAAAAUCUUCGUGGCCACCCAUGAAAACUUUUUCUACUGGUCUUGGUAAUAAACUGUCAUGCAUUAAUACAACUAAUCAAGCAAAUCCUUAA